GUAUCAAUUUUUCAUCAGUUCAGAGGACUCAUCAGAUCUUUGGCUCAGYUCAGACGAUGAUCCAAUCAAUACAAAGAUGAUAGCAUACUUAGGAGAGGCAUCUAGUAUAUAUGGAGCAAGUUCUGGUGAAGGUGAAUUUUCAAAGCUAUCUUCCCAGCGGUCAGAGAAUAUAAGCCUUAUUGAAGGUAAAGCGUACUUUUUCGAUGUUUACCAGAAGAAAAAAUGGCCAUAUGACCAUCUACAAGUAGCGUGGAGGUUACCAGAUAGUAAUGAAACACAAGUUAUUGGCUCAAGAUWCUUGUCACAGUAUAUUGAUGAAACAUCUUCUGAUGCCAGUAUGGACAGACAAGAAUGUUUGAUGAACAACGUUCCUGGACUGAACAUCAGAUAUACUAAAUUCAUGAAGUUUGAGAAUCCCGAUGAAGUGGAUGACUUUUUCUUAAAGGCUCCAGUACUUAACGACACGAAGGUGGAAAAUACUCUUCCUACUUGCCCAUACCAACCGAAGUAUCUAUCAAGAAAUGUGACCAAGCAAUUCGGAUCUCAUSUUAUAAUUGUGAAGAGCUUGGUUUAUCCCAAUGAUGACACAUGGUAUUACAUGGAUGUCGUAGGUUUGAUAAGCAAAGGCAAUCGCUUUAUUCCAGAAGAGGAGGCCAAAAAUGUUGUUUCAAGCUAUUUAAAGGCUUUAAAAGUCCAAGCAAGAAACAGAUUCGAGCUGAACCGAAUCGCUCAUAUGGAAGCCAAGUAUGAUCCUGACGGCGGUGUUCGCUACUUUAUGGAGCUGGACCUUAAAGAUCGAGAAAACGGUCAAAAUGUUCGUUUGUCUAGAAAUAUUUACAGUCCUUCGCGAAAAAAUGCAACGAAACUUUGUUAUCCAGAGGGAUAUGUAUGGAAAAGAACCACGCCCAUUUAUUUACUAGUUACAAUUAUGAACUAUGGAAACUGGAUAAAAGAUUUGGUAUCACAACUCUCAAGAUUUUACAAGGAAGGAAUCGAUCGUAACUUUUAUCUAAUGGUCACAGACUUUAACAGCACAGAUGUCAAUCUAACAGAAGUACUGGAUAACAGUGAUAUUAGAACAAGGUAUACCAUAAUAGAAAAAAGUGGACCAUUUUGGAAGACACAUGGUUUAAAUGCAGCUGCUGCCUUAGUCAAGGAUCCAGACAGCAUUGUAUUUACCAUGGACCUUCAUUUAAAACUUCCAGCAAGUUUAUUCGACGCCAUUCGAAAGCACACAAUUCAAGGAAAAACAGUCUUCACUCCAAAACUUACCAAACUGAAAUGUGGAUUUUCUCCAAAAUACUCGCUCGCGGGCUGGGAGAACUUUGGGUACGGAAUGUUCGCUGUUUACAAAUCAGACUGGGACAGGAUUGGUGGAAUGGACGAGCAACAAUUUAGAUAYAAAUGGGGCGGAGAAGAUGUUGAAAUUAUGGACAGAGUCCUAAAAGCCAAACUAGACGUCGAGAGAUUAUGUCUUCCAAAGUUUUACCAUUAUUUUCAUCGUAGAGAUCAAGACUGGUAUGAGGACGCCAGAAUGUAGAAUGUCAGAAAUCGUUAAUCGUUACCUGAAUUAAACUUUAUUGAAUUAC